AUGGCCGAUCAGCUUACCGAUGAUCAGAUCUCCGAGUUCAAGGAAGCUUUCAGUCUAUUCGACAAAGACGGAGAUGGUUCGAUUCUCUCAGAUCUUUCUUCCUCUUCAUUUUUUUUCUUCUUCUAUCGAUGCUUUCUUCUUCUCGUUUUGCUUGAAUUACUUAAGAACCUGAUGCUUUUAUUUAAUGUGGAAUCUUCGAUAGCAUGGGAGAUUCGGCUUCGAUUUGCGUAA